AUGUCACCUGCGACACCAAAUAACCUCAAAAAUAAAGAAAACCUAAAAAGUUUUGUCUUUUGCUACUAUGUUUCUGGCCACGGGUUUGGACACGCAACGCGAGUUGUACAAGUAGCAUCAGAGAUUCUUGCUCUCCCGCGCGCUAUUAGUAACGGGGCUAAAUACAGACAUGCGCUGAUUGACGCUGGCGUCAAACAACCACUAGCAUAUACCGUAGAUAGAGAUCAAACGAUACACGAUUUGCAAGCAUUCAUGUUUCGACGAAAAGAAAUGUUGGAUAGAGAAACGAAUUGGUUACGAGAAGUUAAGGCGGAUAUCGUGUUAUCGGAUGCGCCUUUCCUACCAUGUGCGGCAGCGGCGGCGAUUGGAAUCCCAUCUUCGAUUGUAAGCAAUUUUACCUUUGAUGCAGUUUAUUCAGGUCUGUAUCAAGAUGGUGAAAAAAUAGACACCAGUAUUAAAAAGCUUAUCAAUCAAGUCAUCACGGAUUACAAAAAAUCCGAAUUAUUGGUACGUUUGCCAGGUUAUAUACCGAUACCAUCAUUUGCUGGCACUCAAUUAUAUCCGGAACCUAAAAUUUCGACGGUGCAAUCACCUAAAAAAUUGAAUGGAUUUUCAACGAAAAACGGAAUCAAAACACUAAAAAAAGUAAAUCGUCGUGUGAUAGAUGUUCCACUUGUUGUGAGGAAAUGUAAAACACCAAGAGAAAUUGUGCUCGAUAAUCUUGGAAUCCCCAGUAAUGUGUACAAGACACACAAAAUUUUGCUCGUAUCGUUUGGAGGACAAAACAUAGAGUCAAUUGAUAGAUGGGGUUCACUUAUGCCUGAAGGCUGGAUAGCUAUAGCGUGUGGUAGUCAGGGUGUGGAGGGUAAAGUCUUACCGAAAUGCUUUUAUAAAUGUCCAGUCGACGCGUAUAUUCCAGAUCUCACUAAUGCUGCUGAUGUAGUAAUGGGAAAAUUGGGUUAUGGUACAUGUUCGGAAUGUAUCGGUCACGCAAAACCGUUUAUAUAUGUUCCUCGUCCUCAAUUCAUAGAAGAAAAGGGAUUAAAGCGUCUGAUGGAAACUCAAGGUUCAUGCAUAGAAAUGCCAAAAGAAGAUUUUGAAUCAGGAAAAUGGAAGAAUUAUAUUCUACGUGCAUACAAUAUGCCGGGUAAAUGUCAAGAUUCAAGUAAAAGAUUAACUCAUGAUGGUGGUGAAAUUGCUGCUAAAAUUCUCGAACAAUUUCUUGACGAUCAUUUGGCGAUGGUCAAGAUUGAAACAACGCGAUCGCCGCAGGUCACAAAUGUGACGGAUUUGUUUGUGGGUUCUAAUGGCGGUAUUAUACCGACACCAUCGAGUAAUUUUUAUACUGAGCACACAAUACACGUCUUUCUUUUCGCAAUAUACCUUUCUGGCUCACCAUUAACGUUUUUUCAACGUUUGUUUGCCCUCUUGUCAAAUAUUUUCGUCAUGGCUACCGCUAUCGAAACGAACAAUAAUAAUGCUAUUGAUGGACAUGUUACUGAUGGCCACGACCUCAUUAAAAAACACCAUGGGGAAAUUAUUUACGAGUCGAAUGGUUUCGUGGCAAAGAUUCACCGCAAGGAUUCUCAGUUGAAUCGGCGGGCGGUUAAUACCUAUACCGAUUUAUGGAAAGAGGACCGAAAGGAUUUAUCCAAUAAAGAUGAGACCAUCAAAAAAAGGCGGGAACAAGCUCAAACUAUGACAAAUGCAUUUUAUGAUAUUGUGACGGAUUUCUACGAAUAUGGAUGGGGCGAAUCCUUCCAUUUCGCUCGUACCUACAAAGGAGAUACGUUCGAACAAUCAAUCAAACGUCAUGAGCAAUUUUUGGCUCUGAAACUCGGGUUGAACGAAAAACAUCGGACUCUGGAUGUUGGCUGUGGUGUUGGCGGACCAUUACGUGAAAUUAUUCGACUAUCAGGGGCGCACGUUACUGGUCUCAAUAAUAAUGGAUAUCAAAUCGAACGGUGCAAAGCAUACGCAAAGAAACUCGGGUUGGAAAGUAAAACUGAUUAUGUCAAGGGUGAUUUCACCGAUAUGACACGUGAAUUAGAUGGGAAAUUUGAUUCUGCGUAUGCGAUGGAAGCAUGCGUUCACUCGCCGAAACUUGAAAUUGUCUAUGGUGAAGUGUUUCGAACAUUGAAACCUGGCGGCUUGUUCUGUACUUUCGAAUGGGUCACUACACCGAAAUACGAUGAAAAUAAUCCUGAGCAUAAAAAGAUUAUUUUUGACAUCGAGCAAGGUAAUUCUAUCCCGUCGCUGAGCUCUCACACACAAGCUCUUGAAGCUGCCAAGAAAGUGGGUUUCGAGGUUCUUGAGCACCAGGACCAUGCAAUACUAGAAGAUAGUAAUGAGCCAUGGUAUAACACUUUGAAGGGCACUAUAUCUCUCUCCGGGUUCAGAAUGACUCGUGUUGGCAGAUGGCUUACUCAUAAAUUCGUGGCUUCCUUGGAAUUUCUACAUUUGGUCGCUCCUGGUUCAACGGAUGUUGCCAGUUUCUUGAAUAAAACCGCUGACGCGUUGGUUCUUGGUGGCGAAAGAGAAAUUUUCACACCAAUGAUGUAUAUUCUGCUCCGAAAACCAAAAGAAACCUAA